GGAAGCGGCUCCAGGAGGCUGGUCCGACGGCUGGGGCGGCUCCGACGCCCCUAGCGGGGGCGGCGAAUAGCUCAAGAGGAAUGGACUGCCACGGCUCUGCAGAGCACACGCUGAGCCGUCGUCUGCAGCUGCUAUCCAGUUCACUUUGACUCACAUGGAUUCCCAAAGAAGUUCGAAGGAAACAGUCCUCAUUACAGGAGGAGGUGGCUAUUUUGGGUUCCGCCUGGGCUGUGCCCUGAACCAGAAAGGAGUCCAUGUGAUUCUUUUCGACCUCCACAACCCUGCUCCGACCCUUCCGGAAGGAGUCACGUUCAUAGGCGGAGAUAUCUGCCGCCUCUCUGACCUUGAGGAGGCCUUCCGGGAUGCCCAUGUCAUGUGUGUAUUCCAUAUCGCCUCUUACGGGAUGUCAGGGCGGGAGCAGCUGAAUCGCAGCCAGAUUGAGGAAGUCAACGUGGGAGGCACCGACAACAUCCUGCAGGCCUGCCGGAGGAACGGGGUGCCGCGGUUGGUUUACACGAGCACUUUCAACGUGGUCUUCGGAGGGCAGACUAUCAAAAAUGGAGAUGAAUCUCUGCCUUACCUGCCACUCCACCUCUAUCCCGAUCACUACUCUAGAACCAAAUCCAUUGCAGAGAAGAAGGUGCUGGAAGCGAAUGGAACAGCCCUGGAAGGAGGCAGAGGCAUCUUAAGAACCUGUGCCUUGAGGCCGGCUGGCAUCUAUGGGCCUGGAGAGCAAAGGCACCUCCCCAGGAUCGUGAGCUACAUGGAGAGGGGCCUGUUUAAGUUCGUGUAUGGAGAUCCCAAGAGCCUGGUUGAGUUUGUCCACGUGGAUAACUUGGUGCAAGCUCACAUGCUAGCCUCUGAGGCCCUGAAAGCCGACAAGGGCCAUGUGGCUUCAGGGCAGUCCUACUUCAUCUCGGACGGCAAACCCGUGAAUAACUUCGAGUUCUUCCGGCCUUUGGUUGAGGGCCUAGGCUACCCUUUCCCGUCCCUCCGCCUGCCAAUAACCCUUAUCUACUGCUUUGCUUUCUUGACAGAGAUGACUCACUUCCUUUUGGGAAGACUCUACAACUUCCAGCCCUUCCUCACCCGAGCUGAAGUUUACAAAACAGGCAUCACUCAUUACUGCAGCUUGGAGAAAGCCAGGAAGGAGCUAGGCUACGAGGCUCAGCCAUUUGACUUCCAGGAAGUAGUAGAAUGGUUUAAAGCCCGUGGUCAUGGUAGAAGCUCUGCCGGUCAUGCGUCAUGGUCUCUCAUUUGGGAUGUGACAUUCGGCUUGGUGCUGGUCCUGUCCAUUUUGGCCUGGCUGCAGCCUCCUGCAGUUCUCUUGCUGUGAAAGAAGAGCUAGAAACGAGGGGCUGAUCCUGCUUUCUGGGGUGGUGGUUGGGAAAUACAUGUCUGUAUACAUACAGCAAUGGCACUGUGCAUGGAAGACUAGAUUCUUGGAAUAAAUCUUUAUUUAACCCUCCUUGCACUGAUCUUGAUGGGAGAAAAACAAAGAUUAAGUUGGAAAAUUGGCCUCUCGUGUCUUUCCAGUUUAGAUGGGUGCAGCAGAAGUUGUUUCAGAGCCAGAGAAGUAGGCUCGGUUGGGUUGGAGAGGUCUGACUUGGAUUGCUCUGAUGCCAGAAAUACGCUUAGCUCUGAGUCUUGCACACUCAGCAUCUACUUGAGAUGGACUAAAAUUCAGAUUAAUCUGGAAAUGGUGAAACAGGGGCGUGAAAUUCUCCAGAAUGGGCCGAUCUUUAAGGGAACAAACCUCUGAGGGUGGUGACUCUUCAAGUGUAACCUUUGCCCUUUGUGACAUAAGGGCUUUCCUCCGAUGUGACCACCUGGUAAUGUUUAAUAUUUAAACACAGAGACCUUUAUCCUACCUCAUAGGAUUCCUUUGAGUAUUAAAUUGGACAAAGCAUGUAACAUGCAACUUAACACUAGCCAUUAUUUGGCUAAUAUUGUUCUUGUUAUACAUUCUUUAUGAGGAUUUUUCUUCUUCCGAGUUUUUAUCUUGGAGGAACCUUUGCUACUGAACUUUCUGGAGUGUCUUUGGCUGUGCCUUCAGAGCCUGUAACAUUAUGUGUGAAUAUACUCAGUAAAAAAUGUUGGCCCCUAAGGAUAGAGUGAAGUUUAGGCAACAGCUAAAAAUUUGGCAAUUAAGGAAGGUGACCAAGUGAUUCAUACCAUUUUAAUUAACAACAACAACAGCAAAGAAUCAGAUCUCUGGACUGGUUUUCUUAUUGGGAAGAAUAUUGGCUCUGUGAAGGCCACUUCCAAUGACGAGUGUUUUUGAACUACAGCGGCAUUAAAGGGAAGAUGUGCAAGCAAGACCGUCCCACGCGAACCAAAGCAGAAAGC